AUGCGACACUUUUCCGUUUUUCUAUGCUGUUGCCUCGCGGCUUUGGCCAGCGCUGACAAACUUGGCUACAAUUAUCAGCCGGUGGCUCACUCGGGCACUGGACUCUCAUUUGCGCCUGGCGGCGACGCCAGUAAUGUGUCGCCCUCGUAUGCAUCUGGACCUGGCCCCGCUUCUGAUUCCACUAACGCAGGCUUCGCCCAGCCUUCAAGUGUGGAGCCCAGCUACCAGCCAAGCGGGUCCAUUGCUGAACCAUCCGCUGAAGCUCCGAACUAUGCCGCAGCACAGCCCGAGCUGCAAAAGGAAUUUUUCACCUACACAGCGAACGAAGAGGACUUCCAAGAUGCAGCUGGAUCUGAGAAAGUUUCAGGCUCGCUGAACAAAGCUCUGCGCGUUGUCUUUAUCAAGGGACCUGAGAGCCGUGGCCUGGAGCAAGCUGCUCUGGCCCUGUCCAAGCAGGCCGGCCAGCAAGAUACUGCCAUCUAUGUCCUGAACAACCAGGCCGACAUUGCUGAUCUGGCCAACAAGCUGAAUGCCAUCCGUAGCAACACCAACAACAAGCCCGAGGUGCAUUUCGUCAAGUACCGCACCCCUGAGGAUGCUGCCAAAGCUCAGCAGGCCAUUGAAGGACAGUACGAUCAGCUGGGUGGAUCAGCCUCCCGUCAGGAUGGUGGUGUUGCCCCCGUUAUUGACUUUGCAUCCAAGGCACCAGCGCCAGCUGCCGCCCCAGAGGCUUCUGCACCAGCGCCACAGGCGGCUGAACCCGAAGCUGCGGAGCCUGUUUCCUCAUAUGUUCCACCUGUGACUCCGGGUAGUACCUAUCUGCCAGCAAACAUUCUGCGCCGUUUCCGUUUCUAA